UUAUAGAUGUCGAAAAAUCUACACAAGAUUAAUAACAAAUUUAAAAGCUACUGGUUUUCUUUCUUUCAUGAAUGUAUAAGUCAUGCUCAUUCAUUUGAGUCUUCAUUAAAACGUUGAAGAAAAAUAUGACUGAAGACAAAAAAGUAAAAUUAUAAACCAGAGGACAAUGUCACAGUAAUUUAUUCUUUCUACUACAGAAACAGCAGUAGGUUAUAAAAUUAUCAGCAAAAAUUGCUCUGUGAACUGAAGUAUAUUACAGUUAAAUGUAUGUGCAAGGAGUAAAACAGCAAAAAUGCCUUAAAUUUGUCAGUAACAUUUAGGUUUGUGAAAACCUUUUGGAAUAACAUUUACAUGUUUGACUAUGUGAUCAACUGCUUUUGUGUUAAAAUUCCAACUUGAAUGCCCAUUUUUAAAAUAAAUAUAUAAAACAGUUACUUUAAGCACUAGUGCCUUGUGCCAGGUUUGCAUUAACAACUUUUAUACAAUAUUAAUUAUCCAUUACAUUAAGCUGUAAACUUUAAAACCAAUCACAAAUUAUAUGCAUUGUCACAGUGUUUACAUGAGCUUUAAAUUCAGAAGACGUCCUCUUUCUCAACAAGGAAUCGCCCUUCACUGUUUGUUUAAAAGUCUGUUAGCAGUUAAUAAAGAUGCAUUUCCUCAAAGGUGCUUCCUGUGGGGACUAUAUCAAUGCUCUGUUAAGUUUCUUUGAUUUCUCUCUCCACCAAUGGCAACAGCUGCUUCAACUACCAUUGUGUCACAUCAAAGGAAAGAAAUGGAUCUCGAGAUCCCGCCCACAUUACAAUUCCCUUAAAAGUGAUGCAUCUCAACUUUGCAACCUAAAAUCACUCACUGGCCUUUCUACAAUACUUCUGGGAUUAAAUAUACUGCAAGGAUUCCUUUUGGAGAGAUACGCUACUGGAAAAAGGGAGCCAUGUACUAAGACUGUUCUGUAUUCUUUGAAAUUAUCAACUAAAACAAAAAGGGAUUUUUUUUUUCCUUCCAUCACCACAAAAAUGCAGCAUUCAUGCGAUCUAAAGCCCAACUUUAGCAUUCCAGUCCCUACCUUACCUCCGACAGCACCCGAGUCCUACUCACAAACAAAUGUCAGGAUGAGUCUGGAAGACUCGAACCUUUGGAAAGCCUUUCAUGAGUGUGGCACAGAGAUGAUUAUCACUAAACCAGGCAGGCGUAUGUUUCCGCAGUGCAAAAUAAAUGUUACCGGUCUAAUACCAUAUGCCAAGUACAUCUUGCUCAUGGAUCUAGUACCAGUUGAUGGAUUUCGUUACAAGUGGAAUAAGGACAAGUGGGAGGUUGCUGGAAAAGCUGAGCCCCAGCCCCCUUGCAGGACUUAUAUUCACUCAGACUCUCCUGCUGCUGGCAGCCAUUGGAUGAAACAACCAAUUUCAUUCCUCAAGGUCAAACUGACCAACAACACUCUUGACCAGCAUGGUCAUAUUAUUCUACACUCUAUGCAUCGUUACCAACCCCGGUUUCACAUUGUUCAAGCAGAUGACCUUUUCAGUGUUCGCUGGAGUGUGUUUCAGACCUUCACCUUUCCUGAGACAAUUUUCACUGCAGUUACUGCUUAUCAAAACAGCAAGAUAACUAAACUAAAGAUUGAUAAUAACCCCUUUGCCAAAGGCUUCAGGGAGCAAAGAACCAAUACAAUAAGCAGACAACGGUCACUCAGAGCUCAUGUGCGGCCAGAAAAAGCACAAAAGAGACAAAGUCCACUUAAAGAUGAAGAGGAGGAAGAACAGAUGCAGUCAGAAUUUCAAAGACCUUUCUAUGAAGGUUAUAACCAAGAAGAGGUAUUGUCAAAAUCCAAAGAUGCCUGCCCGGUGAAAGAUGAGAGAUUCUCCCCCUGGGGAUGUGAGCAAGAACAUUCAAACAAUGUCCGGACUGAAUCACCACUCAGUUCAGAAACAAGAGACAUUUAUAAUACAGAACAGCUGGUGCCAGGGCCCACCUCUUAUCAUCCAUACAGGUUUCACGGUUUUGGCAAAUCACCCUCCCCUUCUUCUACAACCUCAUCACAGAGUAGCAGGCGGCCAAGCUUCGACUCUAGACCAUCUGAUGUAGCCACAGUACCAGACCAAGACAACAAGAACUCCUCACUGGACACAAUGCCUUCUUCUUGUCCAGUGUCACUGGCACCUGCUCCCAACACUCAUCAAGAUUACGCAGGAAUGUUAAACAUGGCUUUAGCACCAGCGCCAAAUAAACCUGGUGUUAUCAGUCACAUUUAUAAUCAUUAUGGCGCAGAGCAAAGCCUCACCCAGUGGAAUGGGCCACCUCAUAGUCAAUACGGUUCUUCCAGCUUCUCAGCACCCCAUCAUCCUUCAGAAUACAGUACUCAGAGCAUGCAUCAUGGCUAUCACCAUGGAAAUAUGGCUGACUGGAGUCAAUAUCCACUGUUUUCAUAUUCUUGUUGGUAAAACAAAGGAAAAAUACUAACAACUAAAGAAAAAUAGUAAAUAUUGCUGCUCUGAUUCUCCCUUCCCACUAGCUGGUAAGGAAUAGUAUAUGUUUGGGGGGUUAAUGGUGUGUGCAUCAAUCAACUGAGUAAGCUUUGAAUAUUUGAGAAAGUUGUGCUUGAAGCAAAUCUAUGGACUCAAAACUUAAUAUAAAACACGUGACAAAUAACUUUCUGGUAUUAAAUUUAUCCAGUAAAAUGUGGGUAUGUUAAAUGGUUAAAUGUACAUAUCUACAUAACUGCAGCUAGAGAAAAAAAUAAUAUAUAUAUAUAUGUCACUUUCAAAAAGUGACCGCUUUGCUUUUACCUUUAAGAUAUGCCCAUGUAUCAAUAGUGCCAGCAGUGUUUUGAGAGCAAUUUUGUUUUUAAAAUGUUCAUUUAUUUUGUCACCUUUAAGCUGCUUUUGUAUAUUUUUGUUAAACUGCACC